AUGUCUUCGUAUAUCGUUGCUGUCGUAACAGGCGCAAACAAAGGAAUUGGCAAAGCAAUAGUGCGAAACCUUGUGUUUUAUCAUGCAAACAACAUUCCAUCACUAAAGACGUCAACUUUAAUUGUCUACUUAACCGCCAGAAAUAAUUUACGUGGUCUAAGUGCAACCAAUGAAAUCAAUCAGGAAUUGGAUUCAAAAAAAUUGCUUGUUGAAAAUGGAGGAGUCGCUAGAGUUUUAUUUCAUCAGUUGGAUAUAACUGAUGAUGAGAGUGUGCAAAAGAUGCGAGAUGAUGUGCAAAAAGCGUUUGGAGGCUUUGAUAUUUUAAUCAAUAAUGCGGCGAUCGGGCCAGAAUUUCUCGGUGAAUCAUUUAGUCCAACAGUGGCCAAAAAAACGCUUGAUACAAACUAUUGGGGACUAAUCAAGACCACAGAGAUCCUUUUGCCGGUAAUUAAAUAUCCAGGUGGUAAAAUAAUAAACAUUGCUUCUAGAUUCAGCCAAAUCAAACAGAUUCCAUCAAAAAAGUUACAAACCGAAUUCAGCCGUGAGGAUUUGUCUCUCGAAGAAUUAAAUGAGUUGAUGAGAAAAUUUGAGAAACACACAAAUAGUGGUGUAACUGUUCAAGAAGGUUGGCCAACAUCAGGUACUGUUUCAUAUAAUGUAUCCAAGGUUGGCAUGCUCGCAUACACGAAAAUAUUAGCACGUCGAUUAGCAAAUGAAAAAAAGCAAAUUUGCAUUCAAGCUGUUAAUCCUGGCUGGGUUCGAACGGAUAUGGGAAGCGAAAAAGCACCACUUUCAGCAGAUCAAGGAGCUGAAACACCAGUUUAUCUUGCAUUAUCAAAUGAUCCGAGAUUAGAAAAGAAUGGUCAAUUCUGGACAAGAAAACAACCAGAAGAAUGGUGA